CAUUUCAGCUGCCAUGUGCCAAAGCCCGAGGUGUGCGGACAGAAGGAAGGCAGCGAGAAGGGUACAGCGGGUCGGGAAUAAAUAACCGGCAGGGCGGAGGAUCCCGGAUCCCGUCCUGCCUUUUGUUGGGCGACGAGCGCCAGGCAAACGCGUCCAUCCUCCUCGGCUUUGGAAGGGAGAGAUUGGAGCGUCCACCGGCAGCCGCAGCCCCGGCAGUGCAGGCAUGGACGGGAAGAAGUGCAGCGUGUGGCUGUUCCUGCCUCUUGUGUUUACUUUGUUUACUUCAGCUGGCUUGUGGAUAGUGUACUUUAUAGCCGUGGAGGAUGACAAGAUUUUGCCACUAAAUUCAGCUUCAAGGAAAUCUGGGGUGAAACAUGAGCCAUACAUCAGUUUUGCAGGCGACGAUCCCCCUGCCAGCUGUGUGUUCAGCCAAGUAAUGAACAUGGCCGCCUUCCUAGCCCUCGUGGUCGCUGUUCUGCGCUUCAUCCAGCUGAAACCAAAGGUUUUAAACCCGUGGCUGAAUAUUAGUGGUUUGGUGGCGCUGUGCCUGGCUUCCUUUGGAAUGACCUUACUUGGUAAUUUCCAGCUCAAAAAUGACGAAGAAAUCCAUAACGUGGGAACAUCCUUGACCUUUGGGUUUGGCACAUUGACCUGCUGGAUACAGGCUGCAUUGACACUCAAAGUCAAUAUCAAGAACGAGGGACGGAGAGUUGGAAUUCCACGAGUCAUCCUGUCGGCUGUCAUUACGCUCUGUGUAGUCCUGUACUUCAUCCUCAUGGCCCAACGUAUCCACAUGUACGCAGCCAGGGUCCAGUGGGGCCUGGUCAUGUGCUUCCUCUCGUACUUUGGCACCCUGGCUGUGGAGUUCCGGCACUACCGCUAUGAGAUUGUGUGUUCCGAGUACCAGGAGAACUUCCUGAGCUUCUCAGAAAGCCUGUCAGAAGCUUCUGAAUAUCAGACUGACCAGGUGUAACCCAUCAGUCAGUUUGUCCUUGGGGGCUCGGUGGGUGUGACAACAGGGGAGGGGCCAGGAGGAUACACUCACAGGACUUGACACAUCACCUCAUGACACAUUCACACACACACAGACACAUAUUCUCGGCCACAUUCGACAGAAGAGCUUUUCAGGGCAGAGUUAUUUCUUUCAUGAACAAGCACAAGCUCUCAUGUGUGGAAAUACAUGCUGUCACACUGAAAACGUACCGCACGACAGAGCCACAAGCUUGUGCAUGGUCCCCGCCCCGCCCCCGCCCUCCCAGAAUGCCUUGCUCCUCUCACCCUCUUCACGUUGCAAACCUGGCAUCUUCCUCCAGCAGAGCAAGGCGGGUGGAAUGUAACACGAGAAUGCUGCCAACUCCCUAAGUCGCCUCCAGGUCCAAAGGGCUUGGUAUGAGCUUGAGGGGAAGUUGUGGCUCUGGUAACCGAUAUUCUUGAGUGGAGAACUGAGUGGCGUCUGGCUGGAUGCGCGCUGUACUGAAGCUGUGACUGUGGCCUGUGAGAGGAAUGGGCACAGCUUUCCCACCAGGCUGCCUUUACUAUUAUUCAGCAGUCGGCUUUGUGGACCCAGAGAAAGAACGUGCCGCAAAGAGUGAAUGAGAAAGACCACCACCACUCAAGCAUUUGGACUUGAGUCACUGCCUGAGGAAAAAAAAUGUCCAAAUGCGGAUGCUCAGAGAGACAGUCUGCCGGGGGGUGGCAUGAGGUACAAUCGAGAGGGCGUGGUUCAGUUUUUGCUUCCACACUGUCCUGCACAGUUCCGGUUUUAUAGCUCGUGGCUUGCCUUCUUUUUCAAAUGCAUCUCUCAUGGAUCUCUGGAGGCCUCGUGGACAAAGGUGUGGACCAAAGGCAAGAACCUUGCUUUGGUUUCACAUAUGAGAGGGGUGAUACCUGCAGGCUUAAUUUAUGUUUGAAGAAAAAAAGAAAAAAGAAGGAAAAAAAAAGGAUUCUUGAAGAAGCACAAAGAAAUCUGCGCGGGGGGUGGGGUUUGGGUUGGGGAGGUAUGAGGGUGGCCUGUGGGCUUUGAGGAAAGAUGGGAAGUUAGCACUCUUGCUGCAAAUCCAAGCCAGGGGAGACUUUCACAUACAUGUAUUGCCCAAACUUUGUAGUUCAGGAACUUGGGGAUUUCUCAAAUCUGGAAUUUAUCGAAGCUAUUUAAAGCAUUGCUUUCCCCAAAACCACAUUUGCACAAACAGCUGUUGGGUCUAUCACCUGCUAAGAGCUCAGAAAGUGAGAUCACAGAUGCAUGAGUUCAAGGCCAACAGAGUAUGCUAAGUGCACAAGCAACCGCCAUCCUACCCCACCCCCCACCCAACCAAGUGCACUGUUUCAGGAAAUCCCCAAAUUCACGGCCCGUGUGAAUUUGGGAUACCCCAGAAUAUAAUGUGAAAGACGGUAUUUUAUAAAUUCAACCCGACGCGUAGCAUCCCAACGAGGGGUUCAAAUGUUGCUUUAUCUAAAUCUGCACUCCCAGCACAGUGCCUCCCUCACAGCAGGUGCUCAGAAAAGUGUCCACUGAAUAGACUGCUGGUUUCCGAGUGGAGGAAAGAAGUAUCAAAGAGAUUUCAGAGAGGAAAGACUGAGUGGAAGCUGUCUCGAGUGAGGAAGGACUCAUCAUGACUGAGCAAGAAAGGGAGCAAGAACUGUCAGUGGUGAGUGUGGGGAGGAGCCUCAAGCAGGGUGUCAUCAAAAAGGCAUCUCACUGUAAAUAGUCCAGGGUGACAUCCUUUAGUUCUGAAACUGCUUUGGGGUUCCUUUCUUUUCCAUUUUUAUAUUUUAAAGACUUAAUCAAAGGACAGUUUUAUUUUACUGCACACACUCCAAGUGAAACAGCUUUUGGUGAUGAACUUGUCUGCUUUCUUAAGAGUAUAUGUAACAGCACAUCUUAACAGAAUCAAGCAAAGACUGGCAUUCUUCAUUGGGAUCUGGCCACUAAAUAAAGGUGUUUUAUGCA